AUGAGUCAGCAGUCUACGUCGCCGGAGAACGACUCGUCUGGUGAAGACGAUCUUGGAAAAGACGAGCCACCAAACAAAAAACAGGCUAAGGGGCAACCCAAGAGUGGCCCCAAGUCUGCAGCUAAACGAACGAUUCUUGCGAAACACCCAAGGAGAACCCCUGAAGGAAUAUCAGACAGCGAAAUUGAGAAACUUGAUGAACUCGCACUCGAGUCCGUGGACGCGAAGAGACGUCAGCGCGCUGAAGCCGAAGAUAUCUCGGGCGAUGAGGACACGCUGACCCCGAUCACCCCAGGUAGUCGUCGAGCGCGCGCAGAUAUCUCGCCAGUGUACUUCUCCAGCAAGAAACGCAAGGUCGACAAACCGAUAUUCAGGUUGAAGCGGGCGGUUUCGGGAAAACACAGGUUAACCAUUACUGACUUGCCAGUUGAAGAUCAACCAAUACUGCAAGUGGACGAUGAUGCCAAACAUCUCGUUGCAGUUGAUGGCAAGGGUGAAAAACGUCUUGACUAUCAUUGGCUUGAUGUGAAAUUAAAUUUUUGCACCAAAGUCCAACACACUGCAGGGACGGUUCCGUUAGCAGCGAUCUCGAGACCUGCAGGGGGGACUGCUUCUCCCCUCUUGGUCUUGGAAUUUGCUGAGGCUAACGAUGCUCUUCGUUUUGCAAAUUGGGUCGAAGAGAAGUCAGCGAGCUGGGGAAACCGUUUAAAAAUCAUAUGUGAGCCAGAAGACAGUGAUCAACUGCAGAAAAUCUUCAAGAACCAAUGGAAUAUCGCGACUAAUUAUAAGCCGAUGCCGUCACUAGAGCCGGGCAGCGGGAAGUAUUCAUCAGUCGAAGACUCUAGCAAAACUGAUAGCGUGGAGCAGUCUGUGGCACAGAGUGGUUCCCGACCGACUCCACAACAAAAUACCCCAUAUCGGCCAUCUCAUUCAUUGAGAAGCAGCAUGAAUACUGAGGCUCCAAAAUCAGCACCAAGUUCAUCCACUAGAACAUCGUCUUAUUUUGUGUUGAGCGAUGAGAAAGACGCCCGUCUUGAAACCAGACAGACCAGGGCACUUCCUCCAAGGCAGUCAAAGGACGCGGCAACUCGGCACACGUUGGACCCCAGGUCUAGCAUUCUAUCACCGCGGUCACCGAGUCCAGUGCCCUGGAUGGAACAAAAUCCCGACUGGGCAAAUAUAUGGGACGACAGGCCCUUGAUUUUUCCGGCCGUUGGUAAAAACAGAGCGUCUGUCUACAGGGACGAUAUGGCCAGACUUGAAGAGGGGCAAUUCAUGAAUGAUAACCUUAUCGGCUUCUACUCGCGCUACCUUCAAAUCAAAUUGGAACAAGAAAACAAUCAGAUGGCCGAUAGGAUCUACUUUAUGAAUACCUACUUCUACCCAAGGUUGACCGAGAAAGCGGGUCGAAGUAUCAACUACGACGGCGUCAAAACAUGGACGGCGAAGGUUGACCUCUUCUCUUACGACUACAUCAUUGUUCCUGUCAAUGAGCAGGCGCACUGGUAUCUUGCAAUUAUCUGCCAUCCGUCCAAGCUCAUCAAAUCCGAGAAAGCUGACGCAGAGAGAAUUGAUGAGGCAUCCUCUCAGCAGCCACAAAAAGAGGGUCUAGUUUCUGCAGUUGGGGAACAAGUGCAACAAAUGAGUUUAGACGACACGAAUUCAGCAGAUGACCCGAGAUCCAAAGAGAACGAACCUAACCUUUCCGUCAAGUCACACACGCCUCGGAAAACUGCGGGGGCACUGUCUCGUAAGAAGGACCCCUCCGAGGCAAGAGUCAUUACACUUGAUUCUCUCGGUGUCGGACAUUCAGCGACCUGCGGCAACCUGAAAGAGUACCUUGUACGUGAGGCAAAGGACAAGAAGAAGAUGGAUAUCGAGCCUCCGGCACAGUUCGGCAUGACUGCGAAAGGCAUCCCGGAACAACUUGAUCACGCAAGCUGUGGCGCAUUUCUGCUUGGCUAUCUACGAGAAUUUCUGAAGAACCCAGACCACGUAGUCAGUCUGUUGGUACGGAAGGAAAAGGUGGACUGGCCUAUCACAUCGCUUGAGAUGCGUGGUGAGCUACGCAACAUCAUCAUUGAGCAGCGGAAAGAACAAAACCAACGGUUAUCCUUGGAGAAGAAGGCUAAGCGAAAAUCCAAUAAUCAGUCGCGCAUCGUAAGCAAAUCACCAGAGAAGGAACCGAGCGGCGAGCCGGCGACCCCGAGCACACCUAUGCCACUUAGUGAUGCGCCCAAGAAUCCGUCUUCCACUGUCAAAGGCUCACCUGGGGCUGCUUCACAUCAUCGUGCCAGCCCACCUGCGGAAGAGGCAAUGAAUAAAGAAGUGGCUUCCACUGACAGAGCCGAACCAAUCGAGCCAUCCGAUAUUCCUCUCGUUCCAACGACCACCAAGAGCAACGAGUUACCGCAGCCUACCAGAUCAGCCUCUACCCCAAGGGUCAAAACACCGCCUCCUUCACAGCCGCAAGACCACGCAACAUCUCCGUUGAGAACAAGCCCGCGUAACAGGAAACGCAAGACCAGUGAUAGUGCCAUCAAGACACCACAACCUAAAGGCGUGAUUCUUUCGUCUCCACCUUUAGCCAGGUUGACUAGCGAAAGGAGGCAGACUUCCAACGGUCUUGAAACAGGCCCCACUACAAGCGGGGGACUCCGGAGCCGGGUAGCCUCAUCAUCUAAGCCAACAUCUAUCCCUUCGGAGAGAUCUAUCGCCAUUGAAACUGAUAGAAGCUUGUCGCCUUCCCAGCAGAUCUUGAGUGAACUGCGAGAUUCGCCUUCCAAAUCAAAUCAAGCACAAAGAUCAGCGUCGAAUGAGGCCAAGAGCCACAUUCAAAGUCAUCAAAGAAAAGAGAAAAUUGGCGGAGAGCCCCUUAACAAGCCAGCUCCCCUCACUUUGACGGAAGGCAACACAGAGACAAGCCCCCAUUUUCCAACAGAACCGUCAACGCGGACCAAAUCCUCACCUACUUCGGCGGCGAAGCCACGGCAACUGAGCGUUGAGGAGACUUAUGGGCUCAGAUCAAAAUUUGAGGAUAAUGGAGGCCCUCACGAAGCAUCCGGGGUCAAAACCCACAAACAUCGACAGCCUGUAACUGUGGAUCUCACCGACUAA